GACACAGACAAGGCCGGCCGGGCACCACGGUUGGCUUUGAGAGCCGUAAAGAGAUCAAUACAGCAUGCCCCUCAGUGCUCCGUCGCGGGGGGUUGCGCAACGGGCCGAAGGUGAACCCUCAAGAGGUCGAUGGAAGAGUCGCCCAGCUCCGGGCCCAAGCCAAAGAGGUCAAGGCAAAGGAUAAAGCAGGGUGGACGGUUCCGGAGGACUAUCAGGGGCCCGUAACCCAGCUUGAGCAUGAGCUUGGCAAUCUUGCUGAAGGACCGGACUACACUUGGCACCAGCAAGUUCGCCAGGAUACAGAGGUCACCUCAGUCCAGGCCGGUGCAGAUGAAGCUCAGAAACGGAAAGCUGUGUAUGAAAAGUUACUCGCCAGCAAAAAGCUUGAGCCUCUAUCCGGUUGCAGUGAUUACCUCCACUCUCAUGUGGCCUCUCAUUUCGUCAACGCAGAGAUGCAAGGCAGAUCCAUCCAGCUCUCGGAGGUACUCAACCAGGCGAUUGACUAUGGCCACCCUCAACUCGCCGAAGAGGCCCAGGAAGUGCUGGGCUCCAUUGGAGCCAAAGCUGGCUUGACUCUCCCCGAACCCCAAGCUUGCUUUAGUACGUUUAUAUGGGAGGAAGGGGUUGGCAAGGGGCAGAUGACUUUCAAUCAUCCUCUUUGGGAAGGCGUUCCGCCCCUUAGCAUCCUUGACGCACAAGAUAGGCUGGCUCUCCCGGAAGAUCUAGGAGUGGCGCUUCAGCUCAAUGGCGAGAAAGCAGAGGAGACACGGCAGUGCCUUUGUUUGCAUGUUGCUCUGGCCUUCGAGCCGGACUUGUCUGCGGCGUGGGAUAAAGCCCGUGAUCUAAGACGGGAGCUGUGGGAAGAUAGCAGUGCCGCCUUCCAACAUCUCGGCGAUGCUAGCCCGUACAUUAGCACAGCAGAGGCCUUUGUACGGCACAAUGCACACGAUUGCAUUUAUCCUCACCACGAGAAAGAUUUCAGGGUGCUGCAGUUGUUCGCACGCCCUUUCAUGCAAGGUCGGCUGCUGGUUGUUCUUCGGCUGUCGCAUCAAGGGGUUGUUGAAGUCGAUACGAUUAAAGGGACCGGAGCGUUGGAGGUCCACGCGGCUGUUGUCAUUCACCGGGGUCAUAUGCGCACCGCACGAUGCUCCUCUGAUCAGAUCAAGCAGUUGCUCGAGAUUGCCAUGCAGGGAGAGCGUGUGGUUCGGGAACUUGAAGUCGAGGGAUGGGGAAGCUUCCUGGAAGCCCAGGCAGGAAUUGAGGAAGACGACGCUGGUGAUCCGGCUCGCCCGUCCAUCGAGAUUGGUUUGUGUGGCGCCAUUACCGGAUGUACGCAGUGGCAAGCAAGCAUGGCUCACUUGGGGCGGGAGCAGGCGGAUCUGCUCUUCUCGAUUGCCUGGGCUUAUUCCCCGAGUGGGCCCCAGCACCAAUCCGACAUGGUGGUGCGGCUCGGAGUGAGUCCGCCCUGCCCGAAGCAGGGCCCUCACUACCAGAUGCCCCUCGCCAAUCGUCCGUCAUACAGCCUGCGGCUCCCCACCCUCCCUCCCUGGGGGGGGGGCGGGUCGUUGCCAAAAAGGGCGAAAACUGAAGGGGAGAGGGUUGGGAAGGCCUUGUACGAGAAAGCCUCUGAGUAUCUCGACCUGUGCCGAUCUGACUUCUCAGUGGAAAAGGCUCAGCAGGCUGGCCGUUUAGGAGCGGAAUUGAUCUCCUCGGCCGGUAUUGUUGAGAACGCGGUCCAUGUUUUGAACACUUCCCGCGUGCAGAAACUUGGGGACCAUCUAUCUGGUGCCAGACGAAGUGCCUUUAAAGGGAUUUCCGCUUUGCACCAGGAGUACCUCCAGACGUGUGCCUAUGAAGGGGUGCCGAGUAGAAGAGAACAGCCCCUUAUCAGGGAAGAGGCAAAGAACCACGGUUCAGUGUAUGGAUACGAGGAGGAGCUCCUCCAGAAGGCCUUGAAAGAUGCAGCGUAUGGAGCAGCACUCUUUGUCGACCCUGAAGUGGGGAAGGUCAGCCAACUUCUCGAUCAGGCCGGAGUUGCCGAAAGCAGUCACUUUGGUGGCGAGCGGCACAUCCGGGGGCAGAAAUGUGCUAAGAGGGAUGUCCCUCGAGCGUUCAAGUGGCACUUCUUGCGAGCGAAGGAUGUGCCCGAGUUUGCUGUAAAGCUUGCCGGGCUCAUCAUCCUUAGCCUGGCCAUGCCAUUUGGGUGGGUGGGCUCGCCUGGGGAGUUUGUCGCCUGGAGUUCUGCAGCGAGAGCACACCAUGGGUCGUUCCGACCAGCGGACCCCAAGUUCAACGACGUGGUCCCAUUCGAGUCGAAAUGGCUGAUGGACGAUGGUGUGGUUGUCGAACCGAUGGUAGGCAAUCGGGUCUUCGACUUUGUUGCCGUGCUCGAUGAAACGAUGCAGCUCGCGUGGGGCCCGGAAGGGGUGAACGUGGAGAAAAUGGCUGAGGAAGGUGAACCCUCCACGACUCAGCUGCUCUGGGGUCUCCACAUGAAUCUUGACACGCAAGAGGUUCGGCUCCCCGAGCCGAAACGCAUUAAGGCUAAAUACCUCCUGGGUGAAACAGCCCUACAAAGGGGCUGCCGGGAGGUCUCCCGUUGGUCCAAGAGCACCACCAACACUCUGGUUCAAGUUGAAGCUGCCAACGCCGAUGAGGAGGAGCGACGAUGGGAGGAUUUCUGGGACGCCCUCGACUUCAUCAGAUUGCAGCUCGAGGCACCACUGCAAUGCAGUUUUGUUUCUGUCUUUGAGAAGCUUCUUCCGAUCCGAGAGCGGCUCGCUCUUCCCGGCGUGACCGCCCGCGCACGGAUCACAGGAGGUGAUGCAACCCUCGAACGGAUUGGGGCCGUUGACUGGAAGGCUAAGGUUUUCCACGCCGAGUAUGUUGAUCGUUACCGUGAAGGUUUGAGGAACUUGGCUGAAGAAGGAGGGGAAACCGACAUCAUAUCGGUUAUGGAAUUCCUCGCUUUCGUGGUACUAGCCUGCCACCGCAGGAACGAAUGGUUUGGUGAACUAGUCUUGUAUGUCACGGACAACAUGAAUGUUCGGACUUGGCUGCAUAAGCGCCGGCCUCGCAAUCGAGCUGCUAGCCUGUUGGUGAGGCUUGUUCAGCGUUUGGAAUCAGAGAACCACUUCACUGUGCAUCCCAUUUACAUCCGAACGUAUCGGAAUCAGCUCGCCGAUUGGCUUAGCCGGGAGGACCUGCCUGUGGUUCGAGAACAACUUGCGGCCGAAGGUUGGACAGAGGUGGCAACGGGGCUCCAGUGGGAAGAUUUCUUGAGGGAUGCUGAGCGUUCCGCUCUUGUCUAUCCAACGGGGGACGAUCCGCGGGGGCAGGUAGCGCGACAGCUUACGCACCCGGCUGAACCAGCCCCGAAGCCGUUGAAACAUGUGUGUCUACGCGUUCCCUGGCAACCCCUCCACGUGGAAGACCACCCAGAAAUCACCAGCUGCGGGAACCAACCGUAUGCCUGGUACACGUUCUCGCAAGAUCCCUCAGGGAGAGAGCGAAGGCGUCUCGAGCGCGUGCUUGCGGAGAAUAGCGCUCGGCUCAAGAAAUUGGUAGUUGAUUGCCCCCGGCAGAUCAACACCUUUCAGCUGGAGCAGACCCUUAAAGCCUAUUUUCCACAUGUGGAGACCUGUCAGUACGUUAGUUCUCACCUUGGUGCCAUUACCGCCCGUAGGAGGACUCUAAGCUUCUGCUGGAGGGAUGUCUCUCCUCCUCCUGUUCACUUGGGGCAGUACCGGGCUAACCCUCCCCCGUCAAUGCAGAUGAUUCCCCUUGACAGCGGGUCUGGCUCGGAGGUUCAUCGCAUCCCGGGAGUGCUCACCCAAGAGCCGGGGAUUGUUACGACCGGUGUAUCUGGGCCCGCCUGUGCCUUUGUCGGCCCCACAAAGGAUAUCAAAGGGCCAGGGGUUACUCUCAUUCCUAGCGGAGCCGGAGCCGUGAGGCGGCUCAGUUUGGGCGAAAUCGCCAGGGCGCAAGGUCUCACAGCAAAUCAGUGGAAGGAAUUAACGAGUGCCCUUGCGCAGGACGAGGCCACCAGACGUAUUCUGCAGGAGCCAGGGUGGCAAGUUCCUGCUGCAGUCUUCGGUCUGUGGCAGGACGAGCCGCUCAAGGCCGGGAACUGCCUUGAUCCCGAUGAAGAGACGGCUCGCCAGCAGCUCGAGGUUUGGCUCAAGGCCUGGAAAUCCAACCCGGAACGGCCACGGGAUAUGCUCGACUUACUCUCUGCUUGCGUGCAACAAGGACCCACCCUCGAACCCACUCUCUGGCCCGAUUCCGGAGAUACUCGGGUGGGAGGGCGCUCCGCCAGCAUCAGGGACGCGGAGGACAGAAAGCUUGUCACCCCAGUGCUCCUGGGAGAGGAACGAGAUAGGUUCUUCGUCAGUGUGGGUUUGCCCGAUGAAAACUUGCUGCACCAGCUGGACCAGACGGGGCAGGAAGCUGUACUUAGUAAGCUAGCCGAUUCUACCCGGAGGUCCUACGGAGCAGGCUGGAAACAGUGGGCAACCUUCAUGUCAGGGACCGGCACCUCCCCCUUUCUGCACGGGGAGACAAGAGCUGAAAAGCAGGCCGACGAGGAAUGGCUUAUUCGGAUUGUCGUCUUCCUUCAUCAGCGUAUGGGGCGCACCGCCCAAGGGAUCAAACAGCGUCUGUCGGGGAUCCGCUAUGCUCAUAUUGCUGCUGGGUACCCCGACCCUUUAGCAGGACGAGUGCGUCUUUGGGCCGCCCUGGCGGGUAUGCACCGUUGGGAUGGCGCGCCGGUGCGCAAGGUGCCUGUGACUCCCCGCAUGCUUGUAUGGUUGCGAACGUACCUGCAAGGGUCGAACCGCCCAGCCGAAGAAAAAGCCGCGAUGUGGGCAUCCAUUUGUUUAGGCUGGUUCUAUAUGCUCCGUGCUUCAGAAUAUCUUCCUGGCACGGAUGCUCUUAACGCCCCUGCCCGCGUGCUGCGCGGCAGCGACAUUGACUUCUUCAGAGAAGGAAAGAAGUGCCGCGUCUCCGUCGCCGAUUCUCUUGUGGUUCAGCUUAGAGAUUCCAAAGGGGAUCAGUUCGGGCGCUCCGUGUUGUCGCCGUUGCUCUUGGGUAUCCCGCCCACCUUGCCCUUGACACUCGUUGCGGAGGUCCCGAAGACCUUCGUCCCGAAGACGAAGAAUUCGACGGCAGUGACGACCCGUAUUGGCGCUCCGCAGAAGGGAAGGAAUGUCUGGGAGGACCCCCACGGCAACGUUUGGGAAGAGGUGUCCGACAUGUCCGACGUGUCCGAGGGCGACUUCGAGAGCGAUGGUUCUGCCGCCAAUGUGGCCAUCACCAGUACUGGGGAGAAGGCUAGUGCUUCGGGUGCGGAUGGGUGCGCACUCACCGCCGCUGGAGGUGGGAGCGUUUCCCUGGCUUUGGAAAAGGCACCAAAGGGAAGGGCAAAGGAGCAGGUGGUACCCACCGUGGGAGAGCCGGGUCCAGGCCUGCUGGACCUAGGCGUGACCGCCCUGGAGCCGAUUCUUCAGGAGCAGGUGCAUCCGCCGAUCCCCCGCCCGCGGACUCGAAGAAGGUUUCCGGAGUUGGAGAUCAGCGGGGACGCACCGUCCGGCCUACAAGGCUCCGCCAACGGCAAAGGCAAGGCCAUCGUCUCCACCGACUUCUACAGCUUCGGGAUCUGCACAAGCACCGCCACCGAGGCCAUCCAAAGCACCGCCAGCUGGGGCGUACCGCCCUUCUACAGGGCCUCCUCCCACCAAGGCAACGUCCAUGCGCAGGCCACUCAUUGGAUAUGCCCUCACUGCAAGGACGAGGUGUCUGUCAAGCGCAGUGUCUGCGAGUGUGGGAAGUGGAGGCCGAAGAGCGCUCCGCUCAUAAACCACGGCCAAGCCGCAGAAGACCGCUUUGUUGCAAAGGGUGCAACCGCCGCGCCGGUGAUCCUCAAUCGUCGGGAGGCUGUGAAUCAAGGUUCUGGAAUGGGCCUGGAAGCUCCUCAUACCGAAGGGUCACACCCAAACCCCGAUGUGGGACCCAUCGACAUCGUGGACGACCAAGAGGCAGUGGCCGAGGUUGGGGAGGAGGAGAUGGGAGUUACACCCAGUGCAGCAGAUGAGGGGAUGGACCCCGCCCAGACUGGGCUGGCAGCAAUGGAAGUGGACGAGCCCGAGCCCGUGCCGACCUACAUCCCUCCUACUGCUAAGUCUUCUGGAAUCCCUGCCAAGGCCUACCCGGGACAGAUAGUUUGGCGCCCACCGCAGCCCGAAUCGCCGGUGAUGAGCACUACGUCGAGGGGUCCUAUGGGCGAAACUGGACCACUGGCAAUCGUGGUACCCAACGGGGAGGCUCUCUGGUUCACCACCCGCGAUAUCGAUGCGGACACCCCAAGGCUGGUUAUCCCUUGGUCCCUGUUCCAGUACUUAGCUAUGUCGAGGAGAUCCCUCAGUGGCUUCCAAUCCUGGGGUAGAGUUGGGGUUGUCUACAUCCGGCGGGUGGUUCAAGAUAUUAUUCAUGGAGCGCAACAACGUGGGUUUAUGGACCGCAUCCAGGAGGCGAGCCGCACCAAUCCAUUGCUCAUGGACCUCCAGUCGGCGCACCCGGAACCCCAAGACGCAGUUACGCCCAUGAGUGCCACCACGGAGACGUACCGUCCGAACUUCAAUUUCCGGGAUUUCCUCCAGAGGCCAAGUUUUGGAGAGCACUUUCACCCAGGCGAAGGACCGCCCCGAUUGGGCCGUGGCUCCAUCCCCUGCAUCUACGAUCAGCCUACGCAUGAGAUGCCUCUAGCCGCGUCGGUGGGGGAAGCAGACCAUGCUUCUAAUUGCAUGGGCAUGUGGGCACGGAGGCUUUUGGGCCAGGAAAACCCAAGCCCCCCUUCAAAGGGUGCACCACCCAAAGCUACGUCCGGGACUACCUCUACAGCUCCCACGACGGAACCUACAGCUCCAACGGCUGAACCAGCCCCUGAAGAAGCCGAGGAGGAGGAGGACUCCGACGUGGAACUGACAGCGGAGGAGAGAGCGGAGGUGGCCAGAAUCGAGGAGGAAUGUUCCGAGCUGGAGCGCCGGAUGAGGAAUCUGUCGGUCACACAGCAGCGCUCCCUCCUCGAGAACCUCGCCAAUGCUUCAAGUGCCGUGAUAGGCGGCCUCUUAGCAGACACGGUGAGGCGUACCGCCCAGAUGAGGGGAAAAGGAGCAAAAGGCAGCGGAAGGCCAAAGGUGAAGGCCAACCAAGCCUCGGCCAAUAAGGACCCCAAGUAUUUGGAGGAUCUUAACAAGGGGCUGAGCCACACCGAAGCCUUUAUUCGGCACCGAUCCCGUCUACGUCCGAUUCAGCACCAGAUGGAAUACGGGGACGUGUCGCUCCAGCCCCGGGCAACCCAGCUGCAGACUGACAGGCCGCUACCGCCAAUGCUGAGCCUUGGAAG